CGCGCGCGAGAAGCGGGGGCAGUUGAUGCGUGCGCAGAGCGGGGGCUGGGGGCUGGGAAGGGAGCUGGCGAGAGCGGCCUUGGCGGCGGCGGAGACGCUGCUCUUGUCGUGAUGCACCGCUCCAGCAGCAGCCGUUCGAGCAAGCCGUCUUCCAGCCGGUCCAAAACCAGCGCAUCCAGCUCCAGUUCGGCUCGAGGCCGCAGCUCGCACCGCUCGCGCUCGCGCUCCCGGUCUCCGCGGAGCCGCCGCCGGCACCGCUCGCCCUCCAGCGGACGCUCUUCGCGCCGGUCGCCGCCUUCGCGCCGCAGUAGUCGGAGACGCUCUCCAGGCAAGCGCUCUCACUCUCCGGGCAAGCGCUCUCACUCUCCGGGCAAGCGCUCUCACUCUCCUGGCAAGUGCUCUCACUCUCCGGGCAAGUGCUCUCACUCUCCGGGCAAGCGCUCUCACUCUCCGGGCAAGCACUCUCACUCUCCGGGCAAGCACUCUCACUCUCCAGACAAACGCUCUCCAAGUUUGAGUGAUGGGAACAGGGAUGACUUGGCUGAUGGUCCAAUAUUUAGCAGUGGCCUUCCACGCCCUCAAAGCAUUGAGCGGUAUUCCUUGAGCAAGGAAACUCCUUCUUCACCUUUCAAUACAGGACAAGAUGAGGAUUAUCGUUUUAGAGACGAUUUCCUCCAUCAAUCAGACUAUAGCACCAGCUAUAACCAUCUACAAUAUCUCCCAAGGGAAACGGAAAGGUAUAGAAUGCUACUUGGGAAGCCAUCAGAGGAUACAGGGCAAGACCUAGAACUUCCUAAACAUGACAGAGAUGACAGACUGCUUAAGAUAGACAUAGAGCCUGAGGAUUUCUUGUCUGGGACGUGGAACUUCUGCAAACAAGAUCCUAGUAAGAGCCCAAGCCUGCCAUUUCACGAUGUGGAUUUACGUAUACUUGAAUAUGCUGGGAGAAAAAGCAAAGAGGAGGAGCUGAGCAGAAAUUGCAGUCAAGACCCUGAACAUAAAUAUAUUUAUAGACCUAAUGAAAUAACAGCAAUGCCCAAAAAAUCUAUUCUGAAGAAACACAGGGAUGAUCCUUCGGUGCAGCCUGAAGUCUUUUCUAGCAGUUCUGCCUCUCUCAAAGAGCCCCCUCUUCUUUCAGAUGAUCCUCCUUUUCCCCAGAGAACCAACAGCAUUGCUCCUUUUUCAACUGAGGAGGUGAAAUUCCUCAAACAGUUCAAUAAAAAUGCAGAUGUAGAACCUGCAAAUACAACAUCUGAAGGCAAUGUGCAUAAUUGGAAGCUGCAUUCUGGCCAAAAACAAAACAUUUCCCAUUAUAAACAGAAUUUUGGGAGCUUUUUGAAUCGGAGAGAGUGUCAUGAGUCCACAUCAGAGCCAGAAGACCAGCACAGUUACUUCUUGCUUCCCCAUGAAAGAGCCAGCCAGGAUGGGAAUGGCUUUUCACACAUUCUGAGUAUGAAAACAGAUUCUACCAGCACUCAAGAAAGGAGAAGGAACAGCCUCCUUGAUGAUGUUGAGGCUGAAGAGAAGUUUCUUUAUGGUGAUAAUGGGGAUGACUCAAUUUUUAUUCAAAGGAUAACAUUGAGUGGUGAUAAAGAACAUGGAAGGAAGAAAAUAAACUCUCCUCCUGCUAGUCUGUCUGUAAAAUCAGACACUUUAGAAGAAUCCAGAUCAGAGCAUGAGAAAAUUUAUGACUUGCUCAAAACUAUUGGUCUUGACAUUGGGGUGGCUGAAAUUGGUAAGCUUGCUGCCCGCACUCAGGAACGCCUCCAUGGGAAGAAAGCAUCUCGUUCUCCUGAUCGUCGUUCAGUGGCUUCUCAUAAACCUAGGAAAGAAUCUAGGGAGUCUAAGGAAAGGCACUGCAGUAAAAGUGACACUCAUUCUCCAGAGUCAAGGUGGAACCACUCUCCCUCUCCUGAUUAUUUCCCACCAUCUAAAGAGAUGUCUCCUGCUUCACAUUCUAAGCACACUGAAAGCAAAAUUGUAAGGCAAGAUUAUCAUUUCCCACAAGAGCAAGCUGUUCCCAUGGCAUCUCCAAUUCCAUCUGCCCCACCUUGUCUUCCUCAUAUGUUUCCUGCUCCCAUAUAUCCCCAGUAUAGUGUUCCAUUCUAUUUACCAUUCGGUGCAACUCACCUGCCACAAAACUAUCCACCUCCCACAAUGCCCCCUCCUGGCUAUAAUCCAUAUGGACAGUAUAUGGCAUAUGCAGCAUCUGGCUGGGCCACGUAUGCUCCUCCCCAGCAGGCUCAUCCUGAAUUUCCAAAGGCACCUGAGUACGGUACUCCAGCAGUGCCACCAAAUCAUUCAGUUUCCAACGUCAGAGUUAUUCAGACAAUUUCCACAACACGAAGGACUUGUGAUAUCAAAAGAAAUACAUCUAUGAUUGUUCAAACCCCUUUCUCUGCUCCUCAUUCCAAAUUGCUCCCUCAGCCUACCCACAAAGGCGCUAAGGAAAAAAUACCUGAUGAUAGAAAUCGAGCUGCUCAGAAACAAAAGGUAAUGGAGGAAAGAGGGAAAUUGAAGGCUGAACAAGAAGCACGACAGAAGAAACUGCAUUAUCUGACAGUUGAGUUAAACAGACUUACAAAACAGGAAGGGGAGAUGAUGCGGAAGAUGCGUAAGGCAAAAGAUCCCUUGCUGGUGGAAGUGAACCAACUACGAGAGAAGAUAGCAAAGGAAGUUGCUCAGCUGCAGAUGCAUUCUGAUGCGGCAGGGAAAAAACAAUCUGAGCUUGAUAAGGUAGCUCUGAUCCUGGGGAUUAACAUUUUUGAGAAAGCCCGGAAGCAAUCUUCUGAAAAUAAAGACAAGUCAGAAAAAGACAAGUCAGAAAAUGGAAAAAAAUGAGGAGCUAACUUGCAACUCAAUCCAGAUGUUGUGACCAUGUAUACUUCUUGAUAGUUGGAUACUUCAGUUGGAGAAGAUGACCUCAUUGCGGACGAAUGCUGCCCUGCAACCUUGAAAGAAUAACAUCGGCGAAUCCUGCAGAAAAGUGAAAAGAGGGACAAAUAGUAAAGGGACAUGAAUACUUGCCAGAUAUCUGGAGAGACUGCGGGGAGGGGUGUUAUGAUUAUGUUUAUUUGUCUAGUUAUAUUUUGUUAUACUUAUAUGAAAUCCAAUAAAAAGUACUUAUAGAAAAAGCAGUGGAGAAAGAGGCAUUUGAUGCAGUAGAAUGGAGAUUUUUCUUUUAUGAACUGAAAGUAUUUGGUUUUAUACUCCAAUUCUUAACUUGGAUUUGCUGAAAGAUGGGGAAAGUGUGACCCUGUUGAUUAUAUUGAUGUGCUUCCAGAGGCAAGGCUUUUUGUGAACAAUGACAUUGUUUUUCCUUUUGAGACUGUGGAACUAAAAGUUACCAUCCAUACCAUGUCAAACUUUUGUGUUCAUUUUAUUUGAUCACACUAUUUCCAGUCUAUACCAGUGAGUGGAUCAUGCCAAGAUGUGUUUGGAACAAAACAAUUCACCCUUUGCACCAUAUCCAUCAUUCCUAUCACUUCCCUUUUCCACUCAUGUGUUUCCUGACCACGAAUGCAUGUAUUUCAGAGACCUGCAUGUGCAUAAAAAAAAAGGAAUGCUGGUAUUUCAGAACUUUUGACAUUCUGAUUGGCCACAGUCAGUUCUCCUUUUCCGACUGUACUUCAUUUCUAAUCACAAUAAUUUGUAACGUGUGAUUGAAAAUCAGCCUAUGUCUUCUGUACAAUGACAUAUGCACACAAUGUAACUGGCAAAUACCUCCUUUUACUAAAAGUUGGAACAUUUAUUAUGGUCAUUCAUUAUAAAGUGCUAACAGAAUUGCUGGAAACCUUAAAUUGCAAUUUUUUCAAAAAAAAGUAAUUAUAGAGCUGCAGAAAUUUGUCCAUAUACACUGUGCAAAGGUCUUCAGUAAAAAGAUCUCUGCAACAUUUAAAAAAGUAGUAACAUGCCUGGCAGUAAUGGAAAGAAACAAAAUUGCAUGGAUAGUGUGAUCAGGUGAGAGCAGAAGAGAAGAGCUGUGAUUAAAGGAUAGCUUUCUGGAAUUCUCAUUUACCCAAAUCAGAACCAUAGCCAAAUAAUUGUAAAGGGUAAAAGAGCAAAGAGGCAUCCAUACAUAAAGUUAUGGAUGAAAGGAAGAAACAUUGUGGGAUGUUUGCAAAAGGAUGACAAGAUGGUGUGGAUGCCCUGAAAAAACCCACAGGAAACAGAGGAAAACAUUGCACAAUGUCUUGUCUCAAAACACCAUUGAUGUUUCAGGGGCUUUGAACCAUGGCAGCCUUCUGGUUAGGCCGUCUUGAGUUGGAACAGACUCCAGAUGGUGGUGUUAGGCAAUGAUUGCUUGACCCCUUUGCCAAAUGUGCUUUGGGGUCCUGCAGCAUUCUCUCAUUUCUCCCAUGCCAUUAUACAUUUAGAUAAAAGUGCUGGGAAAGGGUUUUGUAAUUACAGUGUGAAACAGUUUAAUAAUUAGUGUGUGUAAAUGGAAACUGCAGAGUUUAAAGUACCAUAGUCAUAAAUGAUUCUAGCAAGUAUAUGUAGAACAGAUAGAAGACCGAAACAUAGGGUGUGCCUGGUAAUUGAGAUGUAACCCAUGGAUGUGAAACUUGUAGCCUUCCAGAUGACGUUAGCCUUGCCAUCAGCUCCAGCCAGCAUGGGCAAUGAUCAGAGAUUAUGGAAGUUGUAGUUCAACAUCACCUGGAGGGCUAAAUGUUCAGUUUGGGGGUAGCAGUUGUGCAUGGGUUCCUAGGUGUUUGAAGUUAUAGGAGACAGAAUGGAUUGCAGUAAGGAGAAAUGUGAUUGCGAGAAGAGGGAUACUAGCAAUUCAAAGAAGGAGUUCAGGUUCUAAUGUUUUUUUGAGAGUCCAUACUCAAAUAAGUAAGAGAGGUCAGUGCCCAUAUUCUCAAACAACCAAAAGAAGGGCUUUUUUCUGGCGAUCUAGGAUGAAGGCACUUCCAAAGGUGAUUAUUUUGAACUCCAAGAUUGCUCUUCUCUCCAUUUUUGCUGCGGAUGCCCAGGACCUAACUCAUAUGGAUCUUCUUAUCUGUCUUAUCGUGGCAGCACAGAUUACCAUCGCUAGACACUGGAGAACUUCAAAUGCUGACCUGUUUGAAGUGUGGUUUAUGCAAGCUUGGGACUGAACUUUAAUAGAAAAGGUGACAACAACUUCAAGACCUGAGGAACACUGCUAAAUCAAAUAUACAACAUGGUUUUGGGUUUUUUGUAUGCUUUGACAACAGAACAUGACUACAGACCACCUACAGCUCAUGAAGAUUUAUGGAAGGACACUUUUAUUUGACGGGAAAUAUUUACAUGAUACUGAAUUACUUUGAAAUGAGACUAUGCUCUGGUGAGGGUGUGGGUCUAUAUAUCUUUUCUUAUGUUGCUCAAACGGAAAAGAAACAAGUCAUUUAAAUAAACCCAGAACUUUCUACGUCUUUACCCUGCCCCCAGCAUCGACCAUGAUGAUCAGUCUCACUGGAGUCGAUUUUCAGUCUCUAGCUCUACUGGCCAGUCAGCUGCAAGGUGUAUGUGCAUGCAUCCAGUCAGCAAUCACUGUGUGCUGCUAGGUCCCUCCUUGAUCUGCAGCUCACAGUUUUUUCAAGCAAUUCCUUCUCUUGGAGAAUGAGCUUUUAGCAAUUUCCAUUGAAAAUAGCCUGAGAGGACAUUCAUCCCUCACCCAGAGUUUCCUUGUGAUUGGCAACAUUAGCCAAUCAGAAGUCAUCAGGACACAGCCAUUUGCAUGGCAGAGAGGUGCUUCUAACUGAUGCCCCCAACCAACCCUGUACUUGCUGUGAAACCUCAGCUUUCUCCAGUUCUUGUGUGCUGCCCCCUAAUUGGGUCCUGACUCAGUCACACCUCCUUGGGCUGUGGUGGAGCAAGAGCAAAGCUGGAUUGCUCAGCUUCCUCCAGAGAAGCAGGCAACCAGAGGUAUCGCAGCAAGGGGGAAAUCCCUCUUGCUUUUACAGUUCUCUUUGUAGCAAACCUUUUGAGUUCUCAGUCAGGCUGGAUGUUACACAAAAAGCCAGGGGACGCCGAUGAAAAAACAACAAUAGCAUGUUGCCACUUUCUGAUGUGUCAUUGGAUAUUUAGUUAAAGUGUUACAUGCGUUUAAGAGGUCUCAAAGGAGGGGACAUUGGUUUCUUGAUCCUCUCCUUGAUAAUGAAUAUGUUGGCAGGCACAUAAUUUGCUGAGCUAUUCCUCAUUUCUGUAAUGGAUGUAUAUAUUUUGUUUUGGUGUGCUCAAUAAACAUCAUUUCUGUCUUGGAAAA